AUGGACGUUUUCCGGUCCUUUUGGAACCGGCGGGGUGCGGCCUCGGGGGGCGCCGCCACCAGCUCUGGUCGUCCUGCCGAAUGCCGUUCCACGGGAGAGGAGAAAUCCUCAGUUUUGCUGCAGUCCCUGAAGGCGAGCUCUGAGCAGAAAAGUGGAGCGACGCUUCAGAAUGUGGCAGCUUCAGACUACGUGACGCCACAGAAAUACCUGGAUGACCCCGACAAAAUUCCCACCUACUACGUGUUUCAGUCCAACAUGGUAACGGAUGAAGACCUCUUGCCAGGAAUGCUACGAAAUUUGGAAGUCGACAAGCGUUUAACUCUGCCAACUCGUACGCAUAUUCGCUUCCUUAUCACUGCAACAGAUGUGAUUCAUUCGUGGGCUGUCCCGGCACUGGGAAUCAAGGCUGAUGCCAUCCCAGGCAGGCUGCAGCGUAUCAACACCUUCAUCCAGCGAGAAGGCGUUUUCUACGGUCAGUGUUCCGAGCUCUGUGGAGCGCUCCACGGCUUCAUGCCGAUCGUUAUUGAGGCUGUGAGUCCAGAAACGUAUGCAGCUCAUGCGAAGAAGUGGUACAAAGAUUGA